GAGUAAAUUCGUAGCUGUGGAAUUCUUGGAUCAAAUGAAGGAGAUGGAAGGUGGGGAAAGUGGAGCACAGCGACUGAAGGCUUCGUGUUCACUGAACCUGACCCUGUGGAAAAUAUGAAACUAUGAAGAUAUUAUGCUUCUAGAAGCAGAUAAAUACGGCAUUUAGAUCCUGUCUCCUGCUUACACUUCUACUGGCUUCCUCCUGCAAGAGUUAUCCUGUCACUCUUCAAAGCGUCCACACCUGACACUUGCAUCAAGUUAUCAGAUCCAAAGUGACAUAUCAGACCUGGAGAUGGCACAGAGUCCUCUGAACCUCCUGUCCUCCAGCCCAUCUUUGGACACAUCAGAUGAAGGUUCCAGUCGCCAAGAAGAGAAGGAUGCCGGUUCCUUGCUGAUAUCACCACCCACUGAAUAUUGGUUUGAAGAUCCAAUAUAUGAGAAGGUGACAGAAUUGGUGCGAUUCAUGAUCCUCAAGUAUCGAAUGAAGGAGAUCGUCACAAAGGAGGAAAUGCUGAAGGUUGUCAUUAAAAAUUACAAGAAGCGAUUUCCUUUGAUCUUUAAGAAAGCUUCCAAGUGCUUAGAGGUGAUCUCUGGCAUUGAUGUGAAGGAAGUGAACCCCACUAUCCACUCUUAUGUCCUUAUAAAUACACUUAGUCUCACUUAUGAUGACUGUCUCAAUGACCCUAACAUUAUGCCUAAAAAUGGUCUCCUGACAAUCAUCCUGGGUGUUAUCAUCAUAGAGGGCGACUGUGCCCCUGAGGAAAGUAUUUGGGACUUCCUUGAUAUCAUUGGGGUUCAUGUUGAGAGGGAGCACUUCAUUUAUGGGGACCCCAAGCAGCUCCUUACGAGGGAUUGGGUCCUGGAUAAUUACCUGGAGUACCGUCAGGUGCUUAAUAGUGAUCCUCCACAGUAUGAAUUCCUGUGGGGCCCAAGAGCUUAUGCUGAAAUUAAAAAGAAAACCGUUAUGGAAUUUUUGAUUAAGAUAAAAGUGAUUGACCCUAUUUCCUUCUCAUUCUGGUAUGAGAAGCUCUUAAAAGAUGAGGAAAAGUAAGUUGGAUUUUUCAGUGGCUCCAAAGAUAGCAUUACUGCCAUACUCAUUGUAAAUAUUGGUCGGGUUCUUCUACCCCAACUGAAGAAUGAGCCUCCAAGUGAAUUUACUUUGAGAAGCAGUAAAUAUUCUAAGUAGAACAGGGUCAAGUUCAGGCUAGGGAGAACAGCAUGUAUAACAAUGUGUUACUGUUCUGAAUAGAUGAUUUUUUCCUUUUUGUAUUUUUACUGUUCCUUUGUUUACCAACUUUAGAAUUCAAAUUUAUGAGUGACACUGUUUACACAUUUAUUGUCUUGUUUAUCAAUUUAAGACUAUAUUAUUUUAAUACUACAUUUUAUUGAGGUAUUGUCAUUUGCAAUACAGUCAAUGAUAGUUUCAUGCAUACCUUGUUCAAACACCACACCCACCACCAAGUGCCUGCUUCCCUCCACUAAUUUUCCAAAGGCAUCUCUCAUCCUCCUCUCUU